CGACACUUUCCUCUAAUAUCGAUGUUUUCCGAGCAGACCUCGGUAUCGUCCGUAUCCGUAUCGGCCCCACCUUGCCGGUAAGACGAGUUAGUUAAGAAUGGACAGAUUGGCAUGCACUAGCCACUAAAAUACGGUUUAGUAGUCCUGUAUACCUUUUCCUUGGUUUCUUUAGGUAUGCCGCUAGUAAUAAAUGGCGAGAUUGAAAGCUCACGACUAAGAUCCUUUGAAGAAUUUUCAAGAAAACAUGAGCAUUUUAGGGUACGGUAUACUCAUCUACUCAGCAAUCUGUUUUGAGUAUUUGUUGCAUGCAUUUUGAAAUCACUGGUGAUGUUUGUAAUCUGAAUGGCUCUCAUUGGUACAAUUUAUUCACGAAUCGCAUCAUUUUUUGCUCUAAAUCGCAUCUUUUUCCCAGCUAACGAGGAAGCUUUACUGAUACAACAACCAAUUGCUGGUUUAAAGAAACCAAUAAAAUUGCAGGAAAAUAAAAAACAACUUUUGCAACUUUCUACAAACUAAAAAAUCUUGUACCUGAGCCACUGAAUUUUGCUAUUUCGAAAUGGAUGUUAUAAACUGGUAAUUGAACUUUGCAUUGUGCAAUUUGGUCUUAAUUCAUACUUGUGAUUUCUAAUGAUGCAUACGAUGUCAGACCAGAUCAAGUACACAGGCAAAAAUUUCAACAUGCUCAUUCGCUGAGAAGACACUAAUUAAUCCCAAAAAGUACAGAAAGUUGAAAUUGAGUGCAGAAAGUUGAAAUUGAGUGCAGAAAGUUAAAAUUGAGUGCAGAAAGGUAAGUCAUGAAAGCACAGGAAAACAAAAUGGAGAACAGGUGAGGAGAUAGUAACAAUGUUUUAAUUCAGAGUUUGAGGGAGAAUACUUUAAACAAAAACACCCAACAGAAGGAAAAAACUGGAUAAAAAUCUGGCUUUCAAGAAAGAAUAUGAAAGUAUGAACUGAAGGGCUUGAAAAAAAUUCUUAAGGAGUUUCAUGCCACAGUUUGUAUGAAAAACUGGGAAGAUUACAAGUGUGAUUAGCUUUCUUGUGAUGCAAGUUCAUCAGGGAAAAGCCAGACAACUCUGGCAGCAAGGCAAAGGCAAGCAACUGCACCGGUGAGCCGUGACAUGGAACAAAAACAACUAAAAAGGAAAACAGAAUCAUAUUUUUGCUUGUAUUAUUAACUAGUAAUCACAUGAUUUUUCUUGUGCAAUUUAGGAUGAAUCAGUAUGCGCAAUUCAAAAUUGCACUUUACCUAUGGGCUUUGGUAAUUUUGUCAACCCUUGAAAAAGUUACUCAUGCUCAGUGCUUUGUCCCAAGUUGCACUCAAAAUCAUGUAAUUACCUAUACAAAUUGCACUCUACUCAGUUCAAUCACCAUUAUUAACAGAUAUAUCGCCUCUAGAAUAUACACAUAGAAAUUAUAUUAGUUUGGGGGAAGUUUUAGAAGUCAAAUUUUUGUGGAACCCAUGCAUACUUUAAAGUAGUUAAAAUGAUGUGUUGGCUUGGCAACUUACCUGUUGAUGGGAACUGAGUUGGAAACUACCUCACUGUUAUAUUAUUGGAAGGGAGUAACAAAUUCUGUAUUCUGAUUGGCUAGGUGAAUGGGAACUCAAUGUUGCCUUCUUUCUUUACUGAAAUAUUUAAAAUGCCGGGCAAGUUGAGUGUGAACCCAGUAAUUUUGGGAUAAUGGCCAUCUAAAAUUGACCAAUCAGUGUUGAACCACUACAAUAAAGGAUAAGGCUGGUAGGUCAAUUUGAAGCCACCCGCCUGCUUCCAAUUCCUUUGGGUGCUAAGUUUGGCUCCAAUCAUAUCAAUUAUGGCAUGAUUUGUGUAUUAAUUUUCUCCAAAAGUGUUGGAGGGACGAAGCAAAAUUUGGUAAGGAAGGUGUCAAAUGUAAUUUGUAAUGUUUAUUCAAUUUUUUCUAAGAUGCAUAGAAAUUUUCUCUUCUUUUCUUAUUUUAUGACACCCACAAACUUCCUUGCAUUUUAAUAAACAAAUAUACAUGAUGGUCAGCAUGUGAAAAGGUACUGGCUCUCCCAAAUCACCAAUGAGGUUGACAUUAACUUCUACUUUUAAUAAAAGUACAUAUGUGUUUUUACACAAAGUUUCCUACAUAGGAGCUGUAAGAGUAUAUUUAUAUUAAGGAAGGACAAGUAUUUCUUUAGUUUAGAAGCAGUCUUGAUCUGAGAUUCAGGAGUCUAGUUUUCAAGUCUUGAGAUCAGUUAUUUCUGUUCUCCAAACAGUCUUGGAAUUAGAUUUGAUCUCCAUGCAUAAAAGUUCACAAAGAGUGACUGAGUUUCUGGUACAUUUAAUACUACCUUUGUUCAUAAAUGGGGUCAUUCUACAGAUGCAAACAUGACGUGCUUUUAUUUGUAGCAAAGUGCUAGAAAUUUCUGCAAAAAGCCACAAAGAAGGGUAAAGAGACCAAGCGGAGUACUAUACAUCAUUCAAAGGGAAUAUGCUACUGUGGCACAAGAUGAUGGUAGGAGCUUUAGCUUUUCAUUUGUGAAAACUAUAUACACUUUCUUUGUUUCAAUUCUUACUCUUCCAAAAUAUUCUUCCCUAAAAGGCCAGAGUUAAUUGUUUCUGUAUAAGACUGGGUGCCACAACUAUUAUACAAUAUCAUUAAAAGGUAAUUUUCUAAUGAUUGUAUUCAUAACCUAGAAAUCUUCCAGAAUGUGCAAGUUUUAUUGAGUACUCUACCACAUGUAAAGCUUUACUUUUCACUUUUUCCUACUAAGGGUCCUUGAAAUAUCACACCUGUCUUGUACAGUGUAUUUCUUUUAACAAUUUUCGAUCCUUCUCCCUUUAUGAAUGUCCUACAAUACUCGCUGGGGUAUUUUAUAUGUUCUCACAUUACCACAUGGAUAAUUGUAGCUAGUUUGUUGGAAAUUUUUUCAGUAGGGUAGAAAACUCUAUCUGUGCUCUGCAUGGCAAGUAAUUUAGUGUUCACAACUGAGUUGAAAACAUAAAUUAGCCACUGUAAAGGAUAAAAAAAGCUGACAUUUCAAGCGUUAGCCCUUUGUCAGAGUGAUGUAUUUCUGUCCCCUCUGACGAAGGGCUAACGCUCAAAAUGUCAGCUUUUUUACCCUUUACAAUGGCUAAUUUACGUUUUCAACUCAGUUGUUAACACUAAAUUACCUGCUAUACUCUCCCACUGAGACAGCACCACAGUUUCUUUAGAAACUUACUCCUUUAUUCAUUUGUGCUUUGCAUGGUUUUCCAUACUUCAUUUUGUAGAACCUAUUACCAUCAUGGGAUCUGAGGAUGCUACAACCUGUCAUAUUGUUGUUUUACGAAACACAGGUAUUUCUAAAUAUGGUUCUGCUGAGAUGGAUUAAACUGAUUUUGGGAUUCAGGCUUUUAGCAGCAGAAUCAAGAGACAGGCUCACAUUUGAAUUGUAUAUUUUCUAAUUAAAUUUUCAUGUGACUAUGAAAACUGCAUUGAGCAUUGACAAUUUGGUCAUGAUGAUUUGGUGGUCAUACAACAGCUAGGCUUAGUUUGUUAUAGAUACAUUUUAAUCCUCCACUAGAGUAAGAGGUGUUACUAAAGUUGAUUCAAACUUGCAUUGUAUGUCUUUUUUAAAAUGUUUAUAGCACAAAGAAUACUGUUGUUAAACAACAGGUUAGAUACAUUGGCAAGAUUAGGACAUGACAAAUGUUUUCCAAGCAGACCAUUCUUUUUAAUACAAUACUUAAGGUACCUGUAUAAUGAAUAUUACUUCUAUCAGGAUCAGGUGUGGUAAGUCUAGGACACUUUGAUGGCCAAAGUACAGAGGAAGGUAUCAAAGGCAUGAUUGCAUCUGUCACUAACCUUUCCCGAUCAAAAUGUGAUGCAAAUGGAAGGCAAGUAAUGCUAUUGAUUUAACCACAUCCAUCCAAGAAGGUUUUACUUUGCUAAUCUAAUGAAAGUAAAGAUAGAUCACAUUGUUCCACAAUUAUUAAUAUCUAUAAUUUCACCUGCAAAUCUAUGGUAAUUGAACCUUUGUUUUAAGUGUUGGGCUAAACUGGCUAAUAACCUCUCUUUAUUUUAUUGUUUAUCAUUCAUUUUUUUUUUAAAGUUAUGAUGGUAUAACUGACCUAUAGAACCCUUAUUUAAUCACCACUACGUCUCUCUUUUAUUUUCCUUAGGAAUGAGCUUCACUUAUUUGGAGGAUUUCUUGAUGAUAGGGGGAUUUCUAGUGGAUUAACAGUAUCGAUUUUAGGUAAUUUUUUUUGAUAUGUAACAAAUUCCUCUUACAAAAUGAAUCCUAAAUUCUUAAUGUGUUAAAUCAUGUUCUAGAAGCUUUACAGAAACAGGACGAACCCAUUCAUUUAUGUUCAGCAUGUGUAACAGGUAUGUGUUUGAAACCUCUCAAAGUCCUUCAAGAGUUAAAACUCUCUGACCUGACAUAAUGACUAGCAGCUCAUUUCUCUGUACAAUACCACCCCUCAAAUCACACAUUACAGUCACAACAUUACAGGAAAAGAUUGCCAACCAAAAAAGCACUUGAUUGUGUAACAAAUUCUCCUUGUGGGUACAGGUAGGUUAGGAAAUGAGGAGAUUGUCAAGAUGUAAGACGCACUGUGUUACUCACCGGUAGACAUUUUGGUUGGGGAAAUAACAACUUUUGUUUAAGCACACAUGUUUAUUUUAAAGUUUUGAGUCUAUAGGGAAAUGAUGUGCAUAUUAGAACAUAAAAGUCCUUCUCACUUACUACAGGAAAUGGUAAAGGAGAAGCAAGGAGAGGUAUUAUUAUUAAUAAGCAGACAGAGGAGAAGGAAGUGGAGGGGGAAAUAAAGGGAAGGAAUGAGAUGUUCACUGUCACAAUGCUUGGUGUCAUGCACAUGAUUCCUUUCUAAUUCUCUGACUUUACUGUAUUGUUAUAAUGUGUUAACAGGAUUCAACAAUGUGGUUGAAAGUGGACAACACAAGCCUAUAAUUUCUGGAAUAGGUAACACAAAUACCACUGUCCCACAAAUUUGCUACCUUUACAUACUUAGCAAUCAAGAGAGGGGAAUGCAACCUAUGACUGCCCACCUUGAAAAAGGCAAAAUUAGCUUGAUGUGUAGAUUUGGAUUAUGUACUGCCUUGAUCAUAUUCUUUGUGUGACAGGUGUCAGCAUUCAAGAUGGUGAGAUUUAUCCAGCAACAUUUGAGAAUAAGGGUCCUGAUGAAAUCAUACGACAUGCUCGUGUAUUUGUGGGUGAUGAAAGGGUAAAGUAAUAAUUUAUUCCAUGAAUUACUGCUUGCCACUUAGAAGACUCUCUGAAAGGGACAACAAUAACAUAUACCAUAUGCAAACUUGCACCAUAAAUUCUUUGACAAAAAUUUCUUUUUAGCAGCUUAUCAGCACUUAAAUCUAUCUAAAUGUUCAACUUAAUUGAAAUAAUUAUGCUUUUUUUACUCCUAACAUUUUGCUACAUUGAGGAAGUUGUUGAGAUUUUCUGAAAUGAAGCUCCUCUGCCUCUUUCUGGCUUGACUUUCAAGCAUGUUAUCCAGACUCCCAGCAUGCCUUCUGUUACAGUUACAGGAUUACUUUUCAGGCAACAGUUGGGUGAUAAGGUCACCAUCACAUAGGGAGAAGAAGUAAUCCUUUUUGAUAAUACAGAUUUGUUUUCAAUGAGUUGCUUGUAUUCUACAGUUGAAUGACAUGGUAAACCUAGCAUCACAUCAGGUUUCAUACCUAAAAGGUUUCACAUCUUACUAUUUCUGCUCAACAUAACUUUAAGACUGGACACAGGUUCUCAGCCAGUUUUUGUAUCCACAGCCACCUUCAUUUGAAUGCUAUUUGAAUCUCUUAAAACUACAAAAAAAGGAAAGGAUAACCUUGGUAGUACAUCAUAUGUGAUAGCAAAAGUAUUGUUUUUGGCACCUUAGAAGAUUGGUUGAGAUGAUAUAAAAUUUUAAAAUAAUUUCCACUGUUAUUUGGAAUAAAUAAUAAUCAGAGAUUCACCUUUGUCCUUUAACAGAUGGUAGAAGUAUAUAAUUCAAGUAACAAAGAGCUGCAGAUUGAACCUUAUGAUAGUAAGAACAAAUUGCCUGCUAAAUACUUGGAGUUUUAUUGUAAUGCAGAUGACAAAGUCAUACUACAGGUAAUAAGUAAAUAAAUAUCCAUUUGCUCUUCUUCUUCACUUUCCUACAGUUAAACCUGAAUUGUGAAAGUGUAAAUGAUUGAGAACAAAAUUAAAAGUCCCAAUUAUAAACUUCCCAUAAUAGGCACAAGUACACCUACAAAAUUUCAACCCAGUUUUAAGACUGACCCUUGCGAGCUUCAUUGGUAAAAGGCUCAGUUGUAAGUCAAGACUACCUUCAUAAGUAUCCUUACCCAACCAUAUUAACAGGGUGAGCAUAUAACAAAGCCAUCUUUAUUUGUAACCAAGAAUGAAGUCUGACAUAGUUACAGUUAAGAUUUUGAUUUUGUCAUAACUUGGUGAAAGAAAGCAUGUUUUUUUCAAUCAGCUUGUGUUUUGUUAAACAUUUUUUUACUUAUGAUAAACACAUCAUUGGCUGAGCUGAGGUCUAAUGGCAAGCCUGCUAAGUAAAUUCUUUGUUUUAUCUUUGUUUCUUGUCUGAGGUAUUUCUUCCUUACAGAACCUGUCAACAUCACCUCAUUGUGAACCUCCUUACUUUGCAUCUACAACCAGAGCCACAUUCCUUCAUAUUCUCACUCAUCCGCAGCCUUUGAUUACAGUGUUUCCAGAAGGAAAGCCUCGAGUUUACCAACUGUCUGAUCGUGAAAAGAAUUGGACUCGAACAAGUUAAAAACACAAGAACAAGUUUACAGUUUUACCAGCAAAAGUACAUUCUGUAGGCCCUCAUAAUGGUAACACCUAACUUUGUGUGAAGAGGAUUGGAAUGCAAUUUCAUCAUCAAAUGAAAUACCAAGACAAACAUGAGAAUGUCAUCAAACUUCAGUAAGAUAACAAGAAAGGCCAACAGAUAGACAUAAAAGCACUCUAGUACAAUUUGAAGACAGCAAAAUGAAUGGACUGAAAUAUACACACAACUGAUAGCCAAACUGGUGGACAAAAAAAAGGAUGGUUUUUGUAGAGCAAAAAACAAUAAAGUUGUGGCAAGACUCAUUUCACCCACCAAGCUUCCUGCAACUACAAAUAGAGUCAUAUUUCUAGACAGACAUCAAGUUUUAUUAUUACAUUACAACAUGGCAAAGUGAUGACAGAGCAAAUGUAUUUUCGUCUCAAUAAAUAUAGAUUAUUAAGUCUUUGAAUUUUAAACCAGUAGCAGAGAUAAACUGGCCAGUUGCUUGUGUAACUUAUGGGCAAAAAGGUUCACAAACCACAAAAAACAGUGGCAUAGGAAUUAGGAUCAUAUACUUCUCAUAAAUUUACUUGUAGCUGUGCAAGUUAACUACAACUUCAGUGGAAAGGAAGUUCAAGCUGGAGGCAUCUUCCUAUCAAGGGCACGUUGUGAUAAGAACAACUCACAGCCAAUCACACACCCUUUCCUGGAUACCAUUAACCUCCCCAACUGGCUACAAAGCUGUAAAUUCACAGAAUCAAGUUUAGGUUAGCAUUUAUGUACUUUGGAAAGACCACUUCUGUUGUACUUCAUAACUAUUAGGUUAACACUCAAGUUAAACUGUGUAACGUUUUACUGCGGUGGACAAAUCCAUGGAAAGAUAGAAAAUAUUCAGGGGAAAGCAGAUGUGGGUGUGUCCAUGUGUGCAGACAGUUACAGUUGAUUUUAUAAAUGUAUACCAUGCAAGAAGGAAUUCAACCUUAUUUUUGUGCUUUGGGGCACCAGGACAAACAUGAAACUGGUUGUUCAGUUCUAUUUCAGAGGAGAUUAGAAACAGGUUUCAUUUUACUCCUCCAUCCUCCUGAAAUUUGAACUGAAUACAAAAUUGUUUCAAUUUUUCCUCAAUAUUUUUCCAAUAUUGUUCUCAGUCAGUAUGAAAUAACUGCUAGUUGCUGAUUUCCAAGUUUCAGGCAUUCUUAAGAGAAGCUGUUCCAAAGAACACAUCUGUUUGUAUGGUUCCAAAAUGACAGAAUCAAGGGGAAAAAUGGAAAAUUCAAAAUUCACCUAUUAAUUCCAGAUGAAAAUCAAAAUCAAAAUUGUCAAUGGGCACUCUGGGACCCAAAUUGCUGAGGAACAACUAAAUAAACAAACAAGAAAAUUAGUCUUUGAAUUGGUAAGAAACAAUAUAAAGAAAAUUGAAGUCUGAAUUUCAUUUCAUGUCAAAGAAAAUUAUGCACUAAGGGACACUUCUAAUGCCACUGAUGUGUUGAAAAAUGGAGAAAAAGGCUCUUUAAUUUGUUGAUGUUUUAUUACUAGGGAACUGAUGACAUGAGUAAUGAAAAUUCAAUCAGUCUCCACGACAACAACUUAUCACCUGAUCAAUGGUAAUUUGACCAUUAACACUCUCCUUUGUUACAUGCAAGUUCUUUCCAUUAACUAGCUGAUAGGCCAUUUUUGAUAUAAUGAAACUCUAAGGCUAGGGGGAAUAAAACAAAAGAAAUAAAUUAUUCAUUGCUAAACCUCCAUGUCAUUUACUUUGUUUUAUUCCCCCAGGCUUCAGAGUCAAAUUUGAAUUUUAGUAUAUCCAAAAUGGCCAACUGAAAAAUUGAUCUUCCAUUCAGGUCAAUUUCAUUAUUUCUAGUUUAAAUGUCCAUGUAACAGAGAGC